AUGUAUCCAGUGAACUAUCUGGUAUACGGGACAAUUUUCUCUUUCAUCCUGUACGAAAGGUACAACAGACUGAGCAAUAAGCAACUCAACGAGAAUGCGAUAUUCCGAUUCAUUUACGCGGCAACGAAACGAAAGACGCAUUUAUCCACCUUCCAAGGCCUUCAGCAGUUAACUUCUGAGCUAUGGAGAUCCCUGCCUUCCGCAUACACGCAACUUCCGCGAAGAUUCCCUCGCCGCCGCAACCGGGGCGUAGUCUCGUCCUCGAACAAAUCAAAGGCUGACGCGAAGGAGCGGUCGAAAACGCGACGUAAGGUUUCUUAUCUGCCCAGCUCAGAAGAUGAGGAAGCGAAUGAUGUGGCAAAUCGGUUUCGGAGCACAUCCAGGUUGAAUCAAAAGGAAGUGCAAAAGCGGAGUCAGGAAGAGGGGCGCCCUCCAGAGCGUGGAGGAUUUCUGCGAAUGUUUUUCGGAAACAGGGAGAACGAUAGCGAUUCAAACGAUGAGGAGGAAGAAGCGCCACCGCAGAGAAUUGGUGGCUGGAGAAUGUUGAGAGCGGCAACAACGGACACGGUGGUGGAGACUAGGAGAAGCGGGAGGGGAGCGACAACUCUGACAAACGGUUCACAUGGGACGAGGGAGGGAAGGGAAGCUGCUGCUGCGAGGCCUUCAAUCUGGAAAUGGCCUUCAGGAAGCGGGAAAACGCCGAUUGAGGAUGAGGCUGUUGGACGACGACAUGCCGCGAGACGCGGUAGAAGUUAG